AUGGAGCCUCCUCGGCCGCAGAUUGGCGAAAGUCGCUCCUCGUCGCAUGACAGUCUUCGCGCCGGGGCACCUUCGCCGCGCAUCGAACACUACGACGGGGAAGUUCCACCCGCGCUCUCCCCUCUCGAUGCCUUCGCCGCCCAAGGUCGGCUUCUGGCUCGACAGCUGGAAGAGUCAGCCCGCAAAGAGCGGCGCAUGAGCAGGUUACCACCUGCCACGGUGGCUCGAUCGCUAUCACAGCCUCGACCGGGCUACUUUCGUGCCCCGUCUUCGGGGGAUUCCCCCCACGGUGGCCGAGGCCUUGCCAGAUAUCCGACUCAGAGAGUCCAACCCGAGGUGGAAGAGCCCAUGUUUCGCCCGCAAUCGGAACAUCCCCGUCUUAGCUCUGUGUCACAUCUUGCCUGCGAAUACGACCAGUACAGUGACCAUGAUGCGACCCCGACGAAUGAGCCAAUGAUACCUGAAGCACCAUAUUCGGAAGAGCCCAUGGAGGAGCCGCCACUUCGGUCGGUACCUGAACCUCCCCGCCGGUUCUACGCAGCCGCCCCUGUUGGAGUCGCUAUGGCUGGACCGCCCGGAACUUCGCCGAGUGAUUCUGCGUCGCGUCUCAACGUUCCACGAAGCCUGGCACGGCCGGCGUCGCCGCUCUUGCGACCAUCCAGCAGCUCUCGAGCUCCACAGCCAGAAAGUUCCGAUGAUGAUUUAGCAGCUCUACGGCAGGGUCGAUGUUCUCAAACCCGCUCGCCUAUGUCGCCCACGACCCGUUCCCAUCCUCGCUCACCGUCCCUGAGCUCGGAGACCUCAAACAAUGGAACCCAGCUCCCUCGUCCCUCCUACAACUUUUCGCGCCCGUUGAGUCGAUCCAGCACUAGUCUCUCUGCUCCCGCUCCAACCAGCUGGUCGGAGCCAGUGCCCAUAACUGGAUCGAGCACGAUGAGUCGUGUGAACAAGCCCGGCCCAAUCUUGGUCCCGUCUCAAUCUGAUAUGGCCAGCUACUCGGGAGAGGAUCCGUCGCCCGCAGUAUCUUCGUACAUCUACGCGAAAUACUCCCUUCCCCGGGGGCGCAAUGUGUCCCGAGACUCUGUUGUGUUUUCUGGCCUGCAGACCCCUCAUUUCGAAUGGCAAGAGCCAUUGUUCGAGAGUCCGGAGCAGGUGAAAAACGUGGAACCACCGAAGUCUGUACGAAUCCCGUCGCCUCCGCCUUCACGACAGAGCUCAACUGCGUCCCAGAAAGCGCAUUCGAUGUACGAUCGUCCAACCUCUGCGCGUCAACUGUUGACGCCGGAAGCAGCCCCACGGUCGAAUUAUGGUCCCCCUUCUCCUAAGACCGCGCCUCCUGAACCCGCCCCCGUGGAGCCACCAGCUCCCGAGGCACCUACGGUGGAUGAUAAGAUGGAGACCACCUCAUCAGCGGACUCCGCUUCCACUGUUCGGCCACAGACCGCCAAGUCGACAGUGACUUCGGCUGUCAUCACGGCAGAUGAGCAUGUGACAAAGGGGAUCGAAUGCCACGAGAAAGGAUCCCUGAAAGAAUCUACAUAUCACCUCCGAAUCGCGGCCAAGCAAAACCACCCCACGGGCAUGCUCCUCUAUGCCUUGGCUUGUCGACAUGGCUGGGGCAUGCGGCCAAAUCAGCGGGAAGGCGUCCAGUGGUUGCGGAAAGCCGUGGACUCGGUUGGGGUGGAACUCAUGGAUGACGGCAGCGCGACCGUUCCGGUACGGACCAGAGAGUUGCAAAAAGCAUACCGAGCCCAGUUUGCCCUGAGUAUCUACGAGCUCGGGGUCAGCCACUUGAAUGGAUGGGGGAUCGAACAGGACAAAUCCCUGGCCUUGCGGUGUUUUGAAAUCGCCGGCCAGUGGGGUGACGCCGAUGCACUCGCGGAAGCAGGCUUUUGCUAUGCCGAAGGCGUUGGCUGCAAAAAGGAUUUGAAGAAAGCAGCCAGGCUCUACCGCAAGGCGGCUGAGAAGGGUAUGAACAUGGUUGGAAACAGCUGGAUUUACAAGGACAAGUAUAUGUCCGACGAUGAAUCUAAUGCCCAAUCGCGUGGCCGGGGCCGGAGCCGGCAGGGUGCUACCCCGGAAAAGAAACAGCGCAGCAAAUCUCGAACUCGCAGUCUGUUCCAGCGCAAGAAGUCGGUUGCUGCUGAAGCGUAA